AUUUUAAAAAACAACAUUAUUGGUCUUCACUAUCAUGGAGAAAAUUGCAGUUGUCCAGUAGAUGGUUACUGACACCUUCCACAUGGAGGACAAGCAACAAAAAUCAUUGAUAACGGAGCUGACCAAACACAAAAUGAUUGCAUUAAAAAAGUUUAGUGGAAAGAAAGAGUAGUAGAAAAAAAAAACCACAAGGUGACAAUAGCCUUGCGAAGACUCAUUCAAGCUGGAUUCAGUCAUUUAAGAGCCACACAUCUUGCCACGGGCUACAAAUGUAGCCUUCCUCGACUGAAGCCAUGCCUAAAUCAGAGACAAUGUCAGAAGCAUCCAACCUGGGGUAAAGAGAUAAAGAACUGGUCUGCUGCCUAGUGGUCCAAAGUCCAAGGUAAUGUUUGUAACUCUUAUGUAAUUUUCCACUUGUCUGAGAAACUGAAUUUUAGGUUUUUCUUCCACUCAACUUUCCAUUAUUAUGAUCUAUGAGCAGAUGGCAUCAUUAGCAAUGACUGCAUGUGGUUUAACAUUUGUGCAUGGUGUCACCGACACCUCUGGAUAACUGUCAAGAGUUCAUUAGCUGUAAUUAGAAAAACUGACAGAAAUAAACAUUUAAUAUAUGGAAUUAAUGCAUAUCAUAUAUUGAUUUUUUUUUCUUUUUAAUGGAACACAUUUUCCAUUCCAUUGGGACGCUUUAAAUGCUCGCAAGUUCAGAUUACAAAAAAAAAAACACCUGCUAAAUCGAAUGUGCAUUGUUAUCAUCCAACUUUUAGGACUUGGCCCGAGAUCAGUUCAUCUUCCAGGAAAUCUUCCUAAACGAUGGGUUUGUUAGUGCUGUCUCAUUCGUCCCGCUGCUGUGCAGCUCUCCAUCCCGGCGCGCCGACUUCUCCGCCUCUUCAGUUUUUCCCCACCCAGCAGGUCACCUCAGAGAGACGAGCUUCUCCCACCAGGCUUCAGACAUAUUUUUCGGCUUUCUGAACCUCUCUUUGGAGUUGUUUUUUUUUUUGUUGUUGUUGUUGAUUUUGUUUCUCAGAUGCAGUUUCUUGUCAUCACCCUCAUGUGUCUGACUCCUGCGCGCUCCACCCCGCCAGCCGGAGCGGAGGAGCGCUGGACCGGAGGGGCGCACCAGGAGGAGAGCUGAUGUGGCGCGGCAACAACAGAAACAGCUAAGAGUAACUCAAUUACAGCAGCCUUUAUUCACAGAAAUGACUGUAGACGACGUGGAGCAAGUGCACUGCUGUCACUCCCGCUUGUUGUGUUGAACAAAAGCUGUAAGCGUUGCUCGACUCGACUGUUGGCGCGCUGCUUUCAAAGUGAUGCCAGCUCGUUUUGCAGUGUUAUUGGAGUUAAUGCAUGUGUGAUUACCUCUCCGCACCCCGCUGAUCAACCUCUUACACCUGACUCUGAGCAAUGGUCACUGAGGGUCACGUUUCACCGCGACGCACUUAUCAAACUAUUGCGCGUUCUGGCUUUUACGACCGUGUCUUGAUUUACAGAUAACUUUUGAAGCUUGGCCAAGCUACCGAGACCGUAAAGACAAGCCUGAAGGCAUGGUUUCAUUCUGUACGGCAAGGCUUGUAGGACUUUACAAGUUGUAGUCCACUUUGAGGCAAAGAUCCAGAACAUGAUCCAGUGAGAGGAGGCAGGAGAAACAGUCGUGACAGGGAAAUUUAAAAAAAAAUAAUAAAAAAUGCUCGGAAGUCCAUCCAACAACGGCGGCCUCAGAAUGCUCGCUCCCCCGGCCCCGAACGACGACAGGCGGGUAGAGUUUGUGGCGCUCAACGCCGUCCAGACCGAGCGGAGCGAGCCGUCCACCCCGGAGCGCGGACACCCGUCUCACCGCACGGGGCUCCUGGGCACCCCGCUGCCCGGACCGCCCGGACCCCGAGCCAACGCAUCCGCCUCAAGUAAGCGCUUCAGAAAGUUGCAGAACUGCCUUUACAACGUGCUGGAGAGACCGAGAGGUUGGGCAUUCAUCUAUCACGCAUUCAUUUUCCUGCUGGUGUUCAGCUGCUUGGUGUUGUCUGUGUUUUCGACCAUUCCUGAGCACCAAAAGAUGGCCAACCAAGGCCUCUUCAUCCUGGAGUUUGUAAUGAUCGUGGUGUUCGGCUUGGAGUACUUCAUCAGGAUCUGGGCAGCUGGCUGUUGUUGCAGAUACCGGGGAUGGCAGGGACGCCUGAGAUUUGCCAGGAAGCCCUUCUGUGUCAUAGAUUUCAUCGUGUUUAUCGCAUCGCUAGCGGUGAUCGCCGCAGGGACUCAGGGCAACAUCUUCGCCACGUCAGCCCUGCGCAGCAUGCGUUUCCUGCAGAUCCUGCGCAUGGUUCGCAUGGACCGACGGGGAGGCACCUGGAAGCUACUUGGCUCCGUGGUUUAUGCUCACAGCAAGGAGCUGAUUACAGCCUGGUACAUCGGUUUCCUGGUGCUUAUCUUUGCCUCCUUCCUCGUCUACCUGGCUGAGAAAGACAUCAACUCAGAUUUUGGCACCUAUGCAGACUCCCUCUGGUGGGGGACUAUAACUUUGACCACCAUUGGGUAUGGGGACAAGACGCCUCGUACGUGGCAGGGACGACUUCUGGCGGCUGGCUUUGCCCUCCUGGGUGUCUCCUUCUUCGCCCUGCCUGCUGGAAUCUUGGGUUCAGGCUUUGCCUUGAAGGUUCAAGAGCAGCACCGACAGAAGCACUUUGAGAAGAGGAGGAUGCCUGCUGCAAAUCUCAUACAGGCUGCAUGGCGUCUCUACUCUACAGAUGCCAAACACUCGUAUCUCACAGCAACAUGGUAUUUCUACGACAGCAUGUUGCCUUCGUUCAGAGAACUGACGCUACUGUUCAGUCACCUCCAGCGACAACGUAACACCAAGAAGGUUCUGCAGAACUCCUACAACACGCUGCUGUCUGGGCUCAGGCCCUACAGCUCCCCCUAUCUGUCGAGGGACAGUAAAAUGGGCUUCCGGGAUCGGAUCCGGAUGAACAACUCCCGUUCAUCCCAAACCAUCCGGAACAAGUCUUCACCGCUGCCGCCUGGCUCCGGCGUCCGGCGCUCCCCAAGCCAGGAGAACAUCCCUGAAGCCACCAGCCCUGGAAAGGUCCAAAAGAGCUGGAGCUUUAACGACCGCACGCGCUUCCGCACCUCCCUUCGCCUCAAGCCACGCCCACCUGCUGAUGUGGAGGGGCUUGGAGAGGAAAACGUGGAAGACAAGUCAUAUUGCGAUGUGGCCAUGGAGGAGGUGAUUCCAGCUGUGAAGACGCUUAUACGAGCUGUAAGGAUUCUGAAGUUUCUAGUGGCGAAGAGGAAGUUUAAGGAGAUGCUGCGUCCAUAUGACGUGAAAGACGUCAUAGAGCAGUACUCUGCAGGACACCUGGACAUGCUGGGCCGCAUCAAGAGCUUGCAGAUGAGAGUGGAUCUGAUAAUUGGGCGAGGAGGUGUUCAGCCUGAUAAAAAAGUGCGACCCGAAAAAGGAGAGAAGAUGCCUCCCGAACUGGACUCCCUUGACGAGCUCAGCAUGAUGGGCCGUGUGGUCAAAGUGGAGAAACAGGUACAGUCUAUAGAAAACAAGUUGGACCUCAUGCUCAACUUCUACUCGCAGUGCUUGAAGAAAGGCUCCUCCCACGUCACGCUGUCCUCCUUCCUGGAUCCCGACUUGACAUCUGACUACCACAGCCCCACGGACCAAAGAGACCUCUUCCCGUCCGCUAACACACUGAACAUCUCCCAGUCUGACAGCGGGAACUUGGAAUGACAAUGGGACACAGACACUAAUCCUUUACAGUAUGUCCUCCUUAGGCGGAGUCCUCUCCCUGAGCAGCCCAGCAUACCAAACUUCCUCUUUAAUUCAGAUCUGUUAUGAUUGCCCCGUCCAUCUCAAGUCUCCAUCCUCAGCCCUUUAUCCUGGAGAGAAUGGUUCUGGAGCUGGUCAGACAUUGGCCACUAGGUGGCUCCAGCUGACGAGGAGCCUCAGCCAAAGCUGCUUACCGCACACGCCUCUCAACUCAUUGGAUGAGGAAAGUACUUGACUACUGAAGCAGUCUCACCCACUCACAUCAUGCUGUGUAUCUAAACCUACUUUAAAACUUUAAUUGUAGACAGACUGUGGAAGGACGUUUUGCAGAUAUCUGGAGGAAUCGUCUCUUUCCUCUUUAUUGUCUGGUUUUAUUUUCCCUUGGGCACUUCAAUCGACUGAAAGUCGUUUAAGAGAGUUCCCAUUCCGACAUUAGAGUGACAACAUAGUUUUUCAUGCUGUGAUGAAUGUAGCUGUUCCUUUGUUCAAGACAAACUGCAAUACAAGAACAAGAGCCAUUGACACCUGAAAGAAAAACACAGUUGGACCUGGAUCAGCUGCACUGACACAAGGUCCCACCCAGCAAGGGAAAUUCUGUUUUCCAGAUCUGACGUUAAUCACUCAAACGUUUCACAUGAGAACAGAGUGGAAAUAAUGUGCUGGAUUGACUGUGGAUUUGGACUAUACCUUAGUGUAAAUUGUUGUUUGUUUUCACUUGUAUAUCCUCUUUAGGAAGUCUGAUCUCUGACAAGCCCAACAGCAAAAACAAGAAAAAGAAAAAAAGACACGCUUAUUAUUUCCAGCUCAGCUGGCAUUGUAUUGAGGAUUAUGUAGGAUUUAAUAGAGCCGUGGUGGUCCGUUGUAAUUCUCAAAUCUCUCUUUUGCAAUUUUUCCAGACUACUGUGUGAACGACGGCCAUUUUAGUGAUAUACACUUUUAUUUUUAAAACAAAACCUCUAAAAGUCUCUGUCUUGCAGCCCAUUAUCCUGCCAUAUUUAUUCAUCAGACUUGCUUUUAAAGGGAUAGUCCAGAAUUCUUUGGGAGGAGUUCUGUAAAAACUUAAGGAAAGGUUAAUAUAUCUGUCGGAUCCCAGUUCUCUUGGUGUCUUUAUUUUGUUUAAAUCCAGAACUUUGGACCCAGGGGCUAUAUGUCUAAUUUAGCGAAUUUACAUACUAAAUUGCAAAAUUUAUAUCUGUUGUAUAUUUAAGGAAAAUAAAAUAAUUUGCUUUCUUAGAAAAUGUUAUUUAAGUUUUGGCUUAUUAUAUAAAUUUUAGUCCAAACAACUAUAAAUACUAAAAACAUAAUCACAUUUUUCAAGAAAUUUUGGGUUCAAAAUUGCCAACAACCAACAUUUAAAGUCAUGACUAAUCAUAAAUGUAUUUAAAUCUUCUUUGGUUUUCUAAAUUUGUUAAAUUAAAUAAUCAACUUUAAUGAAACUUUUGAUUUCAGUUCUAUUUAUAGAAAAACACAACAUGUUCUGUCUGACAUUCAUCUAAACCUUUCAAGCAAAACAAGCUGGCACAAUCACUUUGUUGUGAGGUGAGGACUCCAGCAACACUUGAACUACUAGGAAACAACCUUAUUUGCAAGGCAACACAUUUCAGCUUGUGGCCUUCAUCAGGGUCACAUACCUUCCAUGUUUUGGAAUUUUUUCCAAGAGUUAUUUUGACUGGAUCCAAAGACCAGCAAGGAUACUUUGAAGUGACCCAAAGAAAAACUCUUACUUUGAGUCAGUGGUCACAAAUCAAGAGAUGUGUUUGUGUGCUGCAACUCCAAACUGCUCUGAUGCAUUAAAAGUUAAAAUGCUAGAAGACAAUUUUGGUUUCAAUCCCCUUUCAAAAUAGCUUUAGCUUCAGUCUCUGGGUCCUGCAAGUCUGUAUUUACCCUAAACAAAGAUGGCAAGAGAAUGAGUCAUCUCCUUUAAGUAAGACAUUAACUCAUUGUUAAUUGUUACAGAACUUCAAUUAAAAGAAUUCUGACAGAUAAAACUUAGAUCAUCCAUAUGAAUAUAGACGGACUAUGCUGAAAGCAGUUUUCUGUACUGCUUUUCAUCACUCAUAUCUGACCUCCAGUCAGGUAAUACCUCACAACCUCUGUGUCACAAGGGCAGUUUUUACUCUUGUACCCGUAUCAGAUGUCACAUGCACUUAAAGACAGCACAAGCACAGUUUUAAACAAUGAAUGAUGCUCAAGAAAUCCAGGUAUAAUGCAUGAAUUUCAGAUUAUCAUUAAUGCACGUUCCAUUAAGACGCUUCAGAACAAAAGGGUGUGCAGUUGAUCAUUAGACUGUUACAUACAGACUAACGUGAACAACAAAAGCAAUUUCUUUUCUGGCACUUCAUAAAUGGAACGCCAUUUUGUUGUUUAAUUUAGCCUCUGCCUAUUUCCUAUUCCCAUGUGUUUAAUUUGACAAAACUUGUUAAAAAAUACAUAUAUAUAUUUUUCUUUUUUGAAGUUUUGUGGUUGCUGACGUACAUUUGGGUUUUUGUGUUGAUAUUUUUUCUUAGGCAUAAAUGCAGCAAUUGUGACAGAACUGUACGGCCCCAAAGCUGAUCUGGCCCUCAGACUCGUUGAUCUUGAACAUGGAUGUCGUGUUUAGUGUAUGCUCAUAUUUCCUGCCUGCAACAGCUAAAAAAAAAAAAAAAAUCCUGUCAUUGUUUUUGUCCAGUGAGAAAGUCUUCCAUCCCCAGUCACGUCCAGCUGACUCAGGUGCUCCACUUUUCCAUUUAAGUGAGACUUUUAAACAGUGAAUGUACUUCAUUGCUUGUCCUGUUCAGAUCUAUUUUUGCUCCAAUGGCUUUUGACUCUAGAAAUCGCUUUAGGCACCAUCCAAGUUUUCUGCUUAUUUCCAUGGAAAAUGCUUGGAAAGCUUUAUUUCUAGGGACUGGAUUACUGCAGCGAUCCCUGCUUACUAGAGGCAGUGUUACCAUGAAUGACACUGUUAUUCAUGACAAUUAAUGGAAGAUCAUUUAUUGCAUGUUGUUCCUAAUGUGGCCCCCGUAUUAGGGAAAAAAACACACAAAAAUGUGUUGCAGGAAGAAGAUAAAAGCAAAUAACCUGUGCCUUGUUUCUCCUUAUUCCGUGAAAGGUGAGGUGAGCCUUUCUAUCUCCUACUUAAAACAAUAAUAAUAAAAAAAAAAAUGCUUGGAAAAAGUUUGUUUUGUAGAAAUUACACAAAAGAAUGCUUUUUUACUUUUUUUUGCAUAACAUUUAACAAAUGAAAAACUUAGUUGUAAAAAUUUUAUCUUUUACAACUACUGUAAUUUUCUGAGAACAUUACUGUAUCGUCGGCAUAUCAUCGUACCUUCAUAGAAACCCAUACAGUAUCUUAACACCCUUUAGAUGUGGAAGCUGGAGGCAUGGACAUUUUGUGUAGACACAGGAAUCUCUGCAGGCAUGUGGUCUGUCACAAGCAUGUCACAUUAGAUAAGAUUGGCUUCCACACAACUACCUCUGAGGCCACUAGGGGGCGCUAGUUUAGAAACCUGAUUAGGAGAAACAGUUGGUGACUGUCCAACUGACUGAAUACUAUGCAUGAACCAAUCUGCACGUUCUCUUAUCUGUUAGUGGCGUCCUACCAUCCGUCCAUCUUUCCACUGACUUGCUGCCAUUCGACAUUCCACCUCAUUACUCUUUUAGCUGCUUUCCUACUGUAGGUUUUGGAGCUGUUGUUAGAAUAAAGCACGAACUGAACGAGCAAUAAGCAAAACACAAACUCAAUACAAAGUCUUCCAAGUCCAAAUGGUGGGGCAGUUGACUGAACAAAAUGCAACAUUGGUUUGUUUUCUAAUCUAACCUAUAUUUGAUCUUUUAAAGAGGUAUAAAAAAUGUGUUUCUGCUGAAAAGAAAUUUUUAGAAAACUAACUUAUUAAUUUAUUUGUUUCAAUAAAGCUCUUUGGACUGUU